CAGCCAACCAGCUACGUUGGGAGUAGGAGAUGGUCAAGGAAACCGACUCCAAAAGUACGAGCAGAUGGUGAGACUCGAAUAUGUGCCGGCACACAGAGUUCGUUACAUCCUCUUGCCUAUACUAAACCGAGUAAACUGUAAACCCUAUACCAGAGACUCAGAGAGAAACAUCCAGACAGGGAGGACAACGCUCCAGUUGAAACGUAGGUGACUCAAGUUUCUGAAUUCAGGGAGUAAGUUGCAGCUCGUGGGGGUGGUUUUGUUUUGACGUUUUUAUACACCGGAGGUGGAGUAGUUGGCGUUCAGAAGGAGGUUGUGAGAAUGAGCUCAGACAGCAGAAGAAUGAGCAGGAGCAAAAGUAGAAGCAGAAGUAGAAGCAGGAGUCCUGUGGAUCGAAAGAUCCGUGGUGAACGCCCGUCAUUUCGUAGUGCACCUUAUGGGAGAGACCAACGUCGGGGUUUCAGUCAGGACAAUCUAUGCAAGAAUUGCAAGCGCCCUGGACACUUUGCUAGAGAAUGUCCUAAUGUAGGCAUCUGUCAUAAUUGUGGUCUUCCUGGGCAUAUCGCCCUGGAAUGUACCACGAAGUCUCUUUGUUGGAACUGUCGAGAGCCUGGCCAUACAGCCAGCAGCUGCCCUAAUGAGGGCAUUUGCCACAGAUGUGGAAAGGGUGGCCACCAGGCCAGGGACUGUCAUAUCCCACCACCGCCACCUGGUGAUAUGAGGUUGUGCAACAACUGUUACAAACAAGGUCACCUUGCUCCGGAUUGUACCAACGAGAAGGCCUGCAACAACUGUAGGAGGACAGGUCACCUUGCUCGAGACUGUACUAAUGAACCUGUCUGCAACCUGUGCAACUUGUCAGGACAUGUUGCAAGAGGUUGCCCUAAGGCGGAUGACCUUGCAGGGAGAGGAAAUGUGGUUAGAGGUGGGGGUAGGGGUGGUGGUGGUGGUGGUGGUGGUGGUGGGGCUUACCGGGAUGUUGUGUGCAGGAACUGCCAGCUGGUGGGUCACAUGAGCCGGGACUGUGUUACACCUGUGAUCUGCAAUAUGUGUGGAGGGCGUGGUCAUCUGGCAUAUGAAUGUCCUUCAGGGAGGUACUUGGACCGCUACCCCAGGAGGUACUGAACUACUGAUUAACGAGGUUUAUUGUGUAAUGGCUAUCAGUGAGAUUUAGGUGUGCAUCGGCAUAUGUUUUUGCCAUGCAGACUCAGGUUCUUGAACUGGAGUUUAUUAGAUUCAGUUGAAGUUUUAAGUUUCAAAUUGAUCUUUGAGUGCUGUACUAGUUAAUGGAACUUUUUUGUAGUGCUUGAAGUUUAAAUUUGAAGAAUUUGGAAUUUUCUUUUCACUUCAUUUAUCCUACAGACCUUCAGGA